AUGGAAAGUCUUGUGCUCGUCGUUUACCGCUUUUUCUACCGAUUUGCUGUGUUGCCGCUUACUAGGUUGGCCUUUUCGGGUGUUAUCCUUAUCUUAAGCUUUUCCUCCAAUCCGAGCGGAUCGAAUCUUGGCUUGGGUAAAUGUUGUGACAUUAGGAGAAAAUCAGCUGGUAGUAGGCCAGUACUAUUGCCCAGGAUCGGUGAUCAUAGCGUGAAAGGUUCGGAGAAAUCCACCCAGGAGCGGAUCGUACGGACUGAGAUCGAAACACUCACGACACUUUCCAGGAGCGAUAUCGUUGCCAUAGUCUUCUAUGAUAGCUUUUUCGAUUCGAUCAAGUUCAUGUUCAGUUUGAUCGAGUUCACCUUCCUCGAUCGGCUUGUCGUGAAUGUCGUCGAAGACGUCUUCUUUGUAAGAGUCUGA